AUGAUUAUCCCCAUCCGCUGCUUCUCUUGUGGCAAGGUGACAGGCGACAUCUGGGAGAAGUUCGUCAAACUUCUCGACAAUGGGGUCACUGAGGGAGACGCGAUGGACGACAUUGGCUGCAAGCGGUACUGCUGCCGACGCAUGGUCAUGACACACGUCGAUUUGAUUGAGAAGCUCCUCAAAUACACGCCUGACGGCCGCAACCUGAAGAAGAUCAACAUCGCGCCGCCCGAGACGUCUUAG